GCGGGGGAGGGGAGCGAUGCGGCGCCGGCGGGCGGCCGUGGCCGCGGGUGUUUGCGCCUCCUUUCUGCUGGGCUCGGUUCUCAACGUGCUCUUCGCACCGGGCUCUGAGCCCCCGCGGCCCGGCCAGCCCCCUGCGUCCUCGGCCGCCCCGGGCCCGGGCCGUCGCGGGGCCCGCGGGGAGCUGGCCCGGCAGAUCCGCGCGCGCUACGAGGAGGUGCAGCGCUAUUCCCGCGGGGGCGCGGGGCGCGGGGCCGGCCGGCCAGAGCGGCGGCGCCUGAUGGACCUGGCUCCGGGUGGGCCGGGCCUGCAGCGUUCGCGGCCCCCGCCCGACGGCGCCCCGGGCUGGCCCCCGGCUCCCGGCGCGGGUUCCCCCGGCCCGGGCCCGCGCCUGGGCUGCGCAGAGCUCCGCAACGUGUCCGGCGCGCAGUACGUGGGCUCGGGCUACACCAAGGCGGUGUACCGGGUGCGCCUGCCCGGCGGCGCCGCGGUGGCGCUCAAGGCGGUGGACUUCGGCGGCCACGACCUGGGCAGCUGCGUGCGCGAGUUUGGAGCGCGGAGGGGCUGCUACCGCCUGGCGGCCCACAAGCUGCUCAAGGAGAUGGUGCUGCUGGAGCGGCUGCGGCACCCCAACGUGCUGCAGCUGUAUGGCUACUGCUACCAGGACAGCGAGGACAUCCCAGACACGCUGACCACCAUCACGGAGCUGGGAGCCCCUGUGGAAAUGAUCCAGCUACUGCAGACUUCCUGGGAGGAUCGAUUCCGAAUCUGCCUCAGCCUGGGCCGCCUCCUCCACCACCUGGCCCACUCCCCGCUGGGCUCGGUCACUCUGCUGGACUUUCGCCCUCGGCAGUUCGUGCUUGUGGAUGGGGAGCUGAAGGUGACAGACCUGGAUGAUGCACGUGUGGAGGAGAUGCCAUGUACAAGCAACGCCGACUGUGUGCUUGAAUUUCCAGCAAGGAACUUCACCCUGCCUUGUUCUGCCCAGGGCUGGUGUGAGGGCAUGAACGAGAAGCGGAACCUCUACAAUGCCUACAGGUUUUUCUUCACAUACCUCCUGCCCCACAGCGCUCCGCCCUCACUCCGGCCUCUGCUGGACAGUAUCGUCAAUGCUUCAGGAGAGCUCACCUGGGGGGUGGACGAGACCCUGGCCCAUCUGGAGACGGUGCUGCACCUGUACCGGAGCGGGCAGUAUCUGCAGAACUCCACGGCAAGCAACAGUGCUGAAUAUCAGCGCAUCCCAGACAGCACCAUCCCACAGGAAGACUACCGAUGCUGGCCCUCCUACCACCAUGGCAGCUGCCUCCUGUCCGUGUUUAACCUGGCUGAGGCCAUGGAUGUCUGUGAGAGCCAUGCCCAGUGCAGUGCCUUUGUGGUCACCAACCAGACCACCUGGACAGGUCGGAAGCUGGUCUUUUUCAAGACUGGAUGGAGCCAUGUGGUCCCUGAUCCCAACAAGACCACCUAUGUGAGGGCCCCUGGCUGACCUGCCUGAGGGCUCAGCCGAGCAGCUGACCGUCCUCACCAGCUGGGCUUGCUUGCAGCAGGAGUGAUUUACACCAGCAACACUGCAUGUCACCUGGAAACCCCUGCAAACAGUGCUGACUUCCCAGACGGACUGACGUGACCAGUUCAAACGUGCAAUAUUGCAAAAUGUUAAACUGUGAGUUUACCAGCCUGGGUCUGAGACUGCUGGCUGUCAGGCCAGGAAUCAGUGGUCAUGGGGCUGCAAGCCAGGCCCAGGCUGGUCCAAACCAGGAGUGUUCCAUGGGCAGCCCCAUCACUGUGUUCAUAGCAUGAGAAUGUAACCAAAGCCCUGCCACUGCUGCUGCACACGAUGCAGCGGGCAGGGGCCUUGUGGGGACAAUCGGUCACACACGGUCCUCUCAGCUUAGCUCCACUCGGGAGACUUGGUGGGGGGGUGCUCCAGGAGAGGCUCUGGCCCCCCCGACAGAGGAUGCUCCCAGACCAUCCUGGGGAUCAGGAGCCAGGGCACACAUGUCCAAAUGAGCCAAGACUGGGAGGAGGAGGAGGAGAAGGAGGAGGAGGAGCAGGUUGCAGUUUGAGCCAGGACCUGGGGUGGGGGUGGAGCCUGGGCCUUUCUGCCUCAUUUGCUUUCAGUGAAAGCUGCAGAGCAGCCAAAACCAGGCUUUCCCCCCUCUAGGAGUUUGCAUAUCCAGAAGUUUUUAUACUUCUUGUUCAUUAAAUUGUUUAUUUUUGUAAAAAAAAAAAUAUCAAUCAGCUAAUAAAGUGAUUUUUCAAGGCAAAAA